CAUUUUUCCUAGAAUAUCUUUUUGGCAGUACGCAUUGUGCUAGAAGCAGUUAAACACGCUUUCAUCCACAAUGGAGCACAACAAGUUUCAUAAACGUUCAGUGAAACUGAUCACCUACGAGGAUAACAUGGCAAAUGAAACAGCUGAAAAACAAGCCGAACGCAAACCUUUAAGCACCGGACAUUCAUUAGAUAACGCUGUUCGUGCCUUGGAAAGUUUGGUAAUUUGCUCAAUUUGCCAAAAGCGGCUCAAGUCCCCCAAGAUGCUCCAGUGUCAACACACAUUUUGCCUCGCGUGCCUCGAAAUGUCUUACCGCCAACAAGGGCAACAGCAUUAUAUUACUUGUUCUACAUGCGAAUCAAAGCACACAUUCGCUUCCCCUUCUGCUUUGCUGACGGAUCUUCCGAAAAAUGUGUACAUUGAUUCAGUGCUGCAGGUCUUAAGUCAACCGACUGCUGGAACCAGUGUCUGUGCCCAUCAAAAGCAAAUCUUAUCAGCUUCCAAUUCUACUUCCAAUUAUGUCAUAAAUGAUGGUAGCUCCAACUCAACAUGCAGCAAGUGUGACACUAUCGGUAGCAUUAAGAUGCAAAAUUGCAACCAUUGCAAUCAAGUUCUAUGCGCUAUCUGUUGGCAAUCCCAUAUGGAUCAACUCAUACAACAAGUAAAACAACUCGACGUUCAACUUAACUCGGGUUGUAAAAAAAUGGACCAUAAAAUGACCGACUAUAAGAUCCGGUUUAAACAUCUCAAUUCGCAAAUCAAGGCGCAUUUCGAAGAAAAAUUACAGAUGCUUGAGGAACAAGAGCGUGCAUUUCUAGACGAAUCGCAGAGAAUACUAAACGAUGCACUGUGCGCGCACGAACUCGUGAUGGAGAAGAUACGCCGCCUCAAGACGACCAUCGAGGACAAUACGAUUGGCACACACGGAAAUUUUGUACAGGCCUUCCUCAAUUUGCAUAAAGAAAUUUCGAUCGUUUUUGAAGAGAUUUCGCAUUGGGGUGAAGAAAUUGUUUUAUUCGACCAGAAAAAAAUCAAGAUAGAAGUAAUUACUGCACAAGACGGCGGUAAUGAAGGUUCUCUGACUGAUGUGGAUUGCAAUCAGGAAACCCAGAAAACUGGUUUCGUAAAGCCAGCGGUAUUGGACACUGAAGAAGCCGUUUUCACUUUUUACAAAAAUCACACCUUUAAACCUAAACUAUUUUGGAACAAGUGCCAUCGCCCAGCAGGUGUUGGUGUAGCUCCUUGGAAGCAUGAAACUAUUGACCAUCCUAUGUUGUACAUAGCUGGAGCAGAAAGUAAAGUGGUGUACGUCGUUAACAAAAAUUCCGGUGAAAUAGUUCAACGAAUUGUUCACGAUGACAUGGCAUAUCCGAAUGGCAUCACAUUCGACGAAGGCAAGCAAGAAAUAUUCAUUUCCGAUAAAUGGAAGCACUGCGUUUUUGUAUUUUCAGCAGAUGGCUUAUUCCUGCGGCAAAUUUGCGGAAAAGGCGAUCAGGAAGGUUUUUUGAGGUCUCCUGAGGGAAUUGCAAUAGGUCCAAGUGGAGCACUUUUCAUAUGUGAUACGGGAAACGAUAGGGUUCAGUGUGUCAAUCCUGCGAAUGGACGAAUGCUUUCGCAAUUUGGGUGCAUUCCGAAGGAUCAGCUGCUAAAAGCUACGCUGACCAAAAGACCAACGCGAUAUGUGGAUCUUAAGUGCCCUACAGGAGUAGCAAUUCAUAACGACAAAGUUGUAGUGCUGGACAGCGGCAAUCGGAGGGUCAAAGUUUUCAAUAAGCAGGGCGAUAAAAUCCUCGAAUUUGGUCAAGUAGGAUCGAUAGUUGGUCAAUUUCAAUAUCCUGAGGUUAUUGCUGUCGAUCAGAGCGGUUUCAUUCUAGUGGGUGACGGAGGUAAUGCGAAAAUUUUGAUAUUCCGCCCUAAUGGUAGCUUCGUAACGGCACUUGGAUGUCGUGGUGAGAAACCCGGAACGUUCAACUGGCUGUCAGGGCUGUAUGUUAGCAAGGACCGUGAGAUUAUCAUUAGCGACUACAAGAACCACACUGUGCAAGUGAUUGCUUAACAUAAGGUUGUACACAUUUUAGUGAAGGAAGCUUAGACCUUUAUUUUGAUUUUAGUCAUAUAUUUACACGAGUCUAUACUGUUACACAAUGCAGCGCAAUUUGAAAGAACUAAGAACCUAAUCAAUAAAAAUACCCUAAAAAACAUUUCACAGAUUUGAUUGGAUAAUGUUAUAAUAUCAUUACAACGUGUUCCCUGUUUUUUAGCACUGUAUUCUUAGGUAGUAGGGAGUAGGAAUCUCCUGAUAUUAAAUAAUUUUGAAAUAAGCGUACUUUUUAAAUUACAGAACUGAAUUGCAGUUCCAGCAAGUCUCAACAACACACAACGAAAAUUAUCGAGCAAAUGUUUAAACUUCAAUGACUCUUUGCUUUUGCACCCUUCCUUUAAUUAAUCAGAGGAGAGAAUUUUCAAAACUCUGAAAUAUUUUGUGAGUUCAAUAAUUUUGAAAUUCUUUUCAGCUCUAAGACCGCAACACAUUUUAGAAAGGUCCAAGAAUAUAUAUAAUUUUUCAAUUCCCAGCAUCUGAUAAGUUUUUCGAAGUCCCAGAAUUUGUUUUUUCUGGGUUAUAGAAUUCACCGAUUGUCACUAGGCCAAACGCUUAUGCAUCAGGUAUAAUAAGUCAUUUUGAAACUUACGACAGAUUUUACAAUCUUGUGGCUUCUCUAAUAAAAAAAAUAC